AUGUCACAGAAGCAAAGUACGAACCAGAAUCAGAAUGGUGCACACCCGCCGCAGCAACCUGUGAAAAAUCAGCGAUCUAAUAAUGCUGGCGGCGCCAAUUCCGGGCAGCAGUCACAGCAGCAGAGCCAAGGCCAGUCACAGCAGCAGGGAAGAUCCAAUGGCCCUUUUUCUGCCUCAGAUCUGAAUAGAAUUGUCCUGGAGUAUUUGAAUAAAAAGGGAUACCACCGUACAGAGGCCAUGCUGAGGGCUGAGAGUGGACGUACGCUAACACCUCAAAACAACCAAUCUCCAGGAAACACUAAAACAGGAAAAUUUCCUGAACAAUCACCAGCACCUCCAAAUCCUGGAAAGACUGCUAAGCCCGUAAGUAAUCCUACUAAUUUGUCAUCUAAGAGAGAUGCCGAGGGUGGGAUAGUAUCCAAUGGUCGACUAGAGGGGCUUAACGCGCCCGAAAAUUAUAUAAGAGCAUAUUCAAUGCUAAAAAAUUGGGUAGAUUCAUCUUUGGAAAUAUACAGGCCAGAACUAAGCUACAUCAUGUAUCCAAUAUUCAUUUAUUUAUUUUUAAAUUUAGUGGCCAAAAAUCCUGUUUAUGCUCGUCGCUUCUUUGAUAGAUUUUCUCCAGACUUCAAGGAUUUCCACGGUUCAGAAAUCAAUAGGCUCUUCAGUGUCAAUUCUAUAGACCACAUCAAGGAAAAUGAGGUUGCAAGCGCUUUCCAAUCUCACAGGUACAGAAUCACCAUGUCCAAAACCACUUUAAAUCUUCUUUUAUAUUUUCUGAAUGAAAAUGAGAGCGUUGGAGGGUCGUUAAUAAUUAGCGUAAUAAAUCAACAUCUGGAUCCAAAUAUCGUAGAAUCGGUAACCGCAAGGGAAAAAUUGGCCGAUGGUAUAAAAGUUCUCAGUGACAGUGAAAACGGAAAUGGAAAACAAAACCUGAUAAUGAACUCGGUUCCUGUCAAACUAGGACUUUUCCCAAAAGACGAAGAAUUUGUCAAAGAAAUUGAAACAGAAUUAAAGAUAAAGGAUGACCAAGAGAAACAGCAGAAUCAACAAACUCCAGGCGAAAACCACGCCGAAGCGAACAACAGAACUUUAUUACAAGAGUAUAAAGCCAUGAAUAACGAAAAAUUUGAGGACAAUGCCGACGAAGAGGAUAAGGAUAAAUUGAAAGAUAAAGCCGCCAAAGAUGAGGAAAAGAAGGAAAACGAGUUGAAAGUGGAUAAUGAAAAAACAGAUAGCAAUUUAUUGUCUCCGGCAAGAGAUGUUUUACCGCUACCUCCAAAGACGGCGUUAGAUUUGAAGAUGGAGAUCCAAAAGGUUAAAGAAUCCCGUGACGCUAUCAAACUGGAUAAUUUACAAUUGGCCUUGCCCAGCGUAUGCAUGUACACAUUCCAGAACACAAAUAAGGACAUGUCGUGUUUGAAUUUUAGCGAUGAUUGUAGAAUUGCUGCUGCCGGGUUCCAAGACAGCUAUAUUAAAAUCUGGUCGCUUGACGGUUCAUCGUUAAAUAAUCCCAACAUCAUGCUAAACAGCGCCAACAACAAUUACAGAGAUGAUGAUCCAACUUGUAAAACACUAGUGGGACACAGUGGUACGGUGUAUUCAACGAGUUUUAGCCCCGACAAUAAAUAUUUACUUUCCGGUUCUGAAGACAAAACCGUCAGACUAUGGUCAAUGGAUACACACACAGCAUUGGUUAGUUACAAAGGCCAUAAUCACCCUGUUUGGGACGUCAAUUUCUCUCCGUUAGGCCAUUAUUUCGCCACUGCAUCGCACGACCAAACCGCAAGGCUAUGGUCCUGCGAUCACAUAUAUCCACUAAGAAUAUUUGCUGGUCAUUUAAAUGAUGUUGAUUGUGUGUCAUUCCACCCGAACGGUUGCUAUGUGUUUACUGGGUCUAGUGAUAAGACAUGUCGAAUGUGGGAUGUCUCCACUGGUGAUUCGGUUCGAUUAUUUUUGGGCCAUACUGCGCCUGUCAUCUGCAUUGCCGUUUCUCCGGAUGGUAGAUGGCUCUCCACCGGUAGUGAAGAUGGUAUUAUAAACAUAUGGGACAUUGGCACAGGAAAAAGACUGAAACAAAUGCGUGGUCAUGGUAAGAACGCCAUUUAUUCCCUAUCUUAUAGCAAGGAGGGAAACGUACUCAUUAGUGGAGGUGCCGAUCACUCAGUUCGUGUAUGGGAUCUGAAAAAAGCCACAACCGAACCAAGCGCAGAACCAGACGAGCCAUUCAUCGGAUAUUUAGGUGACGUCACUGCGUCGAUCAACCAGGAUAUAAAGGAAUACGGGCGCAGAAGGACAGUUAUACCCACAAGUGAUUUAGUGGCAUCGUUCUACACCAAGAAAACACCCGUUUUUAAGGUCAAGUUCAGCAGAAGUAAUUUGGCUGUCGCAGGAGGUGCCUUCAGGCCGUAA